GCCAACUUCGAAGUCAUGGCUGAUGGAGGAAGACUUUGCUCUGUAGCCAACUUCGAAGUCGUGGUUGCCGUGCUUGACGGGCUGGGCUGCUCCACCACCACCAUAGAAAGACUUUGCUCUGUAUAAGAUUGAGUAAUUCAUUUACUCCUCAAUCAUCAAACUACUAUCCAUCUUACUCACUCUCCUUUUCAUCUCUCUAAAUCCUCCUACCUAUAACAAAACAAAAUGAGUUGGCUUAUGUUUCUUCAUCAAUUUCUUCUGCUAUUUCUCUUGUCUUCUUCUUCUUCUUCUUCUUCUACUUCUGCACGCCAUACCUGCCUUGAGGACCAGAGAUUUUCACUUCUCCAAUUUAAAACAACAUUUACCAUAACUGCUAAUGCCUCUUUACGUUGUGAAUCUGAUUCUCAUCCUAAAAUGGUGUUCUGGAAUGAGAGUGGUGAUUGCUGCUCGUGGGAGGGGGUCACGUGCGACUGGUCCAAUGGUCAUGUGAUUGGACUUGACCUCAGUUGCAGCCACCUUCACGGCACCAUCCAACCCAACACCACCCUCUUCCACCUUCGUCACCUCCAAACCCUCAAUCUUGCCUUCAAUGACUUCAAUUUCUCUACAAUUUCACCUGACUUUGGCUCCUUUCCAAGUUUGACCCAUCUCAACCUCUCUUACUCUAAUUUUACUGGCCGAAUUCCUUCAAAAAUCUGCCAUCUGUCCAAAUUGGUUUCCCUUGACCUCUCUUAUUUCAAUCAUUACCCUCAUAAUCCUUAUGGUUAUUCUUAUUCUCUGGCGAGACUUGAACAACACACUUUCAAUAUGCUCCUUCGAAACCUAACCCAAUUAAGAGAACUACACCUUGAUUCGUUGAAUAUCUCUUCACCUUUACCUCAUGCUUUGCUAAAUCUAUCUUCUUUGACAUCUCUCAGUCUUCGCUAUUGUCAACUGCGUGGGAAAUUCUCAGAAAACAUUUUUCACUUUCCAAACCUACGAGAGCUCUGUGUAUCGGGAAAUUCGGAACUCACAGGUAAACUUCCAUACUUCAAUGUGACUAGUUCCCUUCAGUUUCUUGAUCUCUUUGGUUGCAAAUUUUCGGGGUCCAUUCCAGCUUCUCUUGGGAACCUUACACAAAUCACCUAUCUAGACUUCGGGUCUAACAGUUUCGGCGGUCAAAUCCCCUCAUCAAUUUCAAACCUUGCAAAGCUUAAUACCUUGUAUCUUGACGGAAACAAUUUGACCGGACAAAUACCGGAUUCCCUUGGCAACAUGAGCCAACUUACUAUCUUGUAUCUUGACGGAAACAAUUUGACCGGACAAAUACCGGAUUCCCUUGGCAACAUGAGCCAACUUACUAUCUUGUAUCUUUCCGGAAACAAUUUGAACGGACAAAUACCGGAUUCCCUUGGCAACAUGAGCCAACUUACUAUCUUGUGUCUUUCCAGAAACAAUUUGAACGGUCAAAUACCGGAUUCCCUUGGCAACAUGAGCCAACUAACUUCUCUCGAUUUGAGUUAUAACUCACUCAAUGGGACAAUACCAUCUUCGUUGUUUGCUGUGCCUUCACUGGUUUAUAUGGAUUUGAGUAACAAUAAGCUACAGGGACCAAUUCCAGGAUUAGUUUAUGAACUCCAGAACCUAACAAGAUUGGGGCUUUCAUCAAAUAACUUAAGUGGUGUAGUGGAGCUAGAUAAGCUGCUUAGUCUAAAAUAUUUGUCCUAUCUUGAUCUCUCAUAUAAUGGUCUCUCAUUGAGCAUCAAUAACAGUGUCAACACUACCUUGACCAACUUUGACACUAUAGGAUUAGCUUCUUGCAACUUGAGCGAAUUCCCAAUCUUCUUGAGAGAACAAGCCGGAUUGAAUUCUCUAGACCUUUCAAACAACAAAAUUCAUGGUGCAGUUCCAAAAUGGUUAUUUAAUAUGGGGAAAGAUUCAUUGCAAAAUUUAAAUCUUUCUCAUAAUUUCCUUACAAGUUUAGAGUGUCUUCCAUGGAAGAAUCUAGCAAUUAUUGACCUGCACUCCAACUUACUCCGAGGACCAUUCCCCGUUCCACCUAACAGCACAUAUGUUUUCUCUAUCUCAAACAAUAAAUUGACCGGAGAAAUCCCUACAUUGAUUUGCAAUCUGAGGGGGCUUGCAAUUCUUGAUUUGUCUAAUAACAGUUUGAGUGGCUUGAUUCCACAAUGUUUGGGAAACUUGAGCAAUAGUUUAUCGGUACUGAAUUUAGGAAUCAAUAGCUUUCGUGGCAGGUUUAUUGCAACAUUUACCAAAGGCAACAUGCUAAGGAAUCUUAACUUGAAUGGCAACCAAAUUGAAGGACAAGUUCCACGAUCUUUGCUCAAUUGUAGACACUUGGAAGUUCUAGAUCUUGGGAAAAACAAGAUAAAUGAUACAUUUCCCCACUGGUUGGAAACUCUUACAGAAUUGCAGGUUCUUGUCUUGAGGUUUAAUAGGUUUCAUGGUCACAUAGGCACCUCCAAGACCAAAGGCAAACAUCCUUUUCCUAAGCUGAGAAUUAUUGACAUAUCUUGCAAUGAGUUCACUGGCCUUUUGCCUACAAAUUAUAUCAAACAAUUUGGAGCUAUGAUCAAUGUCAAUGAACAUGAAAUGAAAUUGAAAUACAUGGGUGAUAGCUAUUAUCAAGAUUCUGUGGCGGUGAUGAUUAAAGGAUAUGAGAUUGAAUUAUCAAGAAUCUUAACAGUCUUAUCAAUUAUUGAUUUUUCAAGAAAUAAAUUCCAAGGAGAGAUUCCGAAAUCCAUUGGGAGGCUUAAUUCACUUCGGGGUCUUAACUUAUCCCAUAACAACCUCGAAGGCCGCAUUCCAACUUCACUUGGAAAUUUGAAAAACCUUGAAUCCUUGGAUCUUUCCUCAAACAAGUUUGUUGGGGAGAUUCCUCAACAAUUGAAAAGUUUGAUGUUUCUUGAGGUACUAAACCUUUCGGACAACCAAUUAGCAGGACCAAUUCCUCAAGGGAGCCAGUUUAAUACAUUUGGAAAUGAUUCGUACAGUGGGAACUCAGCCUUGUGUGGAUUCCCCUUAUCAAAGAAAUGUGAGGAACAACAACCAUUGCCAUCUCUACCAACACUGCAACAUGAUGAAAAUUCAGAUUGGGAGGGUGGAUUUAACUGGAAAGUUGUUGUUAUGGGGUAUGGAUGUGGCUUUGUAUUUGGAAUGGUUAUGGGAUAUCUUAUGUUAGUAACUCGAAGUCCAAAAUGGCUGAUGAAAAUUGUUGAAGGAAAACAAUAUAAGAAGGGGAAAAGGUCCAAAAAGAGUGCCCACUGAUGCAGUAAAGGAAGAAAUCAGCAAAAAACAAAUGGCGUCAUUUAGAUCUGUUCCAUCAAGUAGCACAAUAAGGCAAUGGUGUCCACUUGAAGGGGUGCCUCAUGUAGCAAAAUAAAGCAAUGGCAUCCACUUGAAGGGGUGUGUGCAUCCGGAUAGCAGCUAUACAAGAUCACUUCAAAAGAUUUUACCUUUGUUGCUGAAUUGGCAUAGAUGAGGGCAAUUGAUACAUCACAGUUUGACAGCAUCCUCAAGGGAUUGAAAGUCAUGUAGCAGAAAUCAAGGAUGAAGGUACAUCAAGAUAAAAUUGAAUUUAUAUUGCACUUAAUAUCAUUAUAUAGUUUGAUGACGAUCAUCUUUGUACGCAUAUUGCAGCUGUUGAAAAGGAUGGUGUUCAAAAGGUUGAUACCGUUGUCACCGUAGAGACAAAUACAGUUGUCAAAAAAUCGGUUAAUAAUCGAAAGAAUUUAAGGAUUGUACAGUAGUUAAUGGAAAUAUAUUUUUGUAGUGAGGUUCAGUAAGGUGUUGGGAUUAGGAAGCUGGACUUAGUUAAUAAGGCGAUAUUAGAAAAAUGGCUAUUGAGAUUCACACUGAAUAGGCAUAGUCUUUGGAGAAGAUUGAUUGAGGGGAGAAACGACAGCUUGUUCAGUAUAUGAAUUUUAGUAUUGUUUGGAUUGGUGGGUAUGAUUUAGAUUUUGAUAAAUUUGUUUGAAUUUUGCAAAAUUGAUAUGUUUGUUGACCUUUUGUUUGGAGAUUUUGCUGUGUCCAAUUCGUUAAAUUGCCACAAAAAUGAAAUUUUUGGGAAUUCUUCUGAAUUAUUGUUCAUUUGAUCAAUUGGGUCAGUGUUGUUUUGGUGAAUUUUGGUCUGAAUUUGUGAUUUGGUUGUUCAGAGGGGAGGGGUUUGAAUUCAAUUCCUUAGAAAAUGGGGGUUCCCUCGGUCUCAGGUGAGUAUUUGACUUCCCUUGAAUCAGUUUUACUUGAUUGUUCUAUCUCUUUGAAGUAAUGUCAAUAAUUUUCGUUGCUUCAGAGGUUAGUAGGCGUGACUUUUUGCAAUUCUUGUGCUUUUGUAUGUUGAGGAUGAUUACUUCAAAGUAUUCUAUCAAGGACAUUGUUAUUGAGUACUUAACCAAAAAGAGAAAAAAAGGAAAAAAGUACUUUGACAUUGAUCUGGUUGAUUUAUAUGCUCCAAGGAUUCAACUGUGUUCUGAAAAUGGUGGGAAAAUUUAGAGAGAUGUUGAUUGGGAUAAUCUGCUUUUGAGGGUAAAAAAUGAAAAGGGCAACAUAUCAUUACACGAGGCCUUGAUGAACGGUCACCAAGUUGUAGUUUAUUAUUUGAUCACAGUAGAUUCAUAAGUGUCAUAUUAUCUCAACAAUGAAGGGAAAUCAGCUCUGUUUCUAGCUGCUGAAGUAGGAUUUUUGGAACUUGUCACGCAUAUUCUGUGUGAUACAGUUGGGAUUGAAAAUACAAAUGAAAGGCUUAAAGGGAAAUCACCUAUUCAUGCUGCCAUUUUAAAAAGAAACCAAGGUAAUUCUAACACUUAUUCUUGAUUUCUCUUUGGUGUUUGCCUUUUUGUUUCUCAAUUUAUUUUAAAAUCCCAGAUGUUUUAGAUGCCUUAUUGAAAUCAGAACCAAGGAUCAUUUGAUUGAGAGAUGAAGGAAGGACUCCACUUCACUUGAUUGCAUGAUUGGUCUAUCUUGAAGAGGUUCAGUACUUGUUAUGAAGACGGAGUUCAGGUGCUAUUGCAAGGGACAACAAUGGCUUACUUCCUAUUCAUUUAGCAUCAAUUAAAGGCCAUGUUGAUGUUGUCCAGGCGUUGCUUCAGUAUUGGCCUGAGUCGAGGGAACUGCUCAACUGCCAUGGUCAAAAUAUUCUUCAUGUUUCUGCCAAGAGUGGAGGGACAUAACAUGGUUAGCUACAUUCUCCAAACUCCUGAGCUCUAGAAGCUUUAUAAACAUGAGGGAUAAGCAUGGAAACACACCCUUGCAUUUGGCCACCAUGGAUUGGCACCCAAAGAUUGUUGUGCCCUAACAUGGGAUGAAAGAGUGGACGUAUAGUGAAUAAUGAGGGUAUGUCUGCUCUUAAUUCUGCUGAAUACUACAUGGAAAGAAUGCCCUCAUUUCGAAAGCGGUUAACAUGGCCUGCAACGAAGGCUGCUGGUGCACCACAAACUUACUGUAGAAAAGUCCUCAAUGCUAAAGAGAAACAAGCAUCUAUGCAGCUGGAGCAAGUGAACAUAGAUAGCUAUAAAGACUGAUUCAACACUCUUCUAUUGGUGUCCACCCUCGUUGCCACUGUAAGUUUUGCAGCCAGUUGCACAAUACCCGGUGGCUAUAACAACAACGAACCUGACCAAGGCAUGCCAACUAUGCUAAAACACAAGUGGUUUCACAUGUUCAUUUUCUGCAACACCAUAGCCAUGUAUAGCUCCAUUAUUACUGCUGUUACCCUCAUAUGGGCACAAUAGGGGACCUCAAUUUGGUGCUUACUGCCUACAGAUUGGCACUUCUGGGGGUUGCUCUCACCAAAGCAAGGAGAAAAUGAUAUCAACAGAGAUAUUUCCUUAUUUAAUUUAUUUGAUUUGUUGGUCAAUUGAGUUGUGUUUUUCUUUUGUUUGCCUUUGGUCUUAUAUGUUGGUAUCUAAGUAUCUUGCCGGCAAGUAUGUAAUGGUACGUAAUGUUUUGAUAUUUUAGUGUUUUAUAGUUAUGUGGC